UUCAGCAAAGCAGCCACUGAAGAGCGUGGGGGAGUAGUGAGAGAGAGAGAUAGAGAGAGAGAGAGAGAGAGAGGGAGGGGGGGGCAACUUUCUCUGGUUUCUAACUGCAGACCGCCUUGCCGAGGGGCUUCAUCACUGCGCUUCUGUGACGUGCCCUCUUGCCCAGGGGAGUGCAUCGGCGUGUAUGACUGAGCGUGUGUGUACGUGAGCCAGAGCCUCAGGAGCCAUGUCGGACCCCCGGGACAUCGACGAGGAUGCCAUCCUCAAGGGCCUCAGUGCUGCGGAGUUGGACCAGCUGGAGUGUGAGCUGCAGGAGAUGGACCCCGAGAAUGCCAUGCUGCCCGCUGGCUUCCGGCAGCGCGACCAGACGAAGAAGGGCCCAACGGGGGCGUUCGACCGCGACGCCCUGCAGCAGCACUUGGAGAAGCAGGCCCUGGAGCACGAGGACAGGGAGGACCUGGUGCCCUUCACUGGGCAGAAGAAAGGAAAGAGCUUCGUGCCCAAGAAAGAAUCCGAGCUCCCCGGGCACGAGCAGGUGAUGCUGGAGCCGGAGCUGGAGGAGGCUCUGAAAAACGCCUCCGAUGCGGAGAUGUGUGACAUCGCAGCGAUCCUUGGAAUGUACACGCUGAUGAGCAACAAGCAGUACUACGACGCUCUGGGCACCACGGGAACCAUCGCCAACACGGAGGGCAUCAACAGUGUCGUGAAACCAGAUCCAUUCAAGAUCUUCCCCGAUGAGCUGCCCAACCCCACCAACGUGGAGGAGACCCUGGAGAGGAUCCACAACAACGACAGCAGCCUGACCGAAGUCAACCUCAACAACAUCAAGGACAUUCCCAUCCCGACACUCAAAGAGAUCUUCGAGGGCAUGAAGGGAAACUCCUUCGUUGAGUCUCUGAGCAUCGCCGCGACCCGCAGCAACGACCCCGUGGCCUACGCGUGUGCCGAGAUGCUGCAGGAGAACACCAGCCUGCAGAGUCUUAACGUUGAGUCCAACUUCAUCACCUCGGACGGCAUGAUGGCGGUCGUCAAGGCGAUGGCCAGCAACGCGACGCUGGUGGAGCUCAAGAUCGACAACCAGAGGCAGAAGCUGGGCGACUCGGUCGAGAUGGAGAUCGCCGCCAUGUUGGAGAACAACUCCAGCAUCCUCAAAUUCGGCUACCACUUCACCCAGCAGGGUCCCCGCGCCAGGGCUGCCAUGGCGAUCACACGGAACAACGACAUGAUUCGCCAGCAGAGAUUAAGAUGAGAGCAGCGCAGACGGAUGAACGGCCGGCUUCCUGCGUGCGGAGCGCCGGGACCGAACCGCCCCCCCCCCCCCCCUCGCUAAAUAAAGCCGGAUCGCUGUGCGGCCCACCUAACACCCAUUUCAUUUACCCCGAGUGCUGAAUUCAUCAUAAAGGCAUGUGUAGGUCACAAGCAAAACGCGAGGUGUCUUUUCUUUCUGUUCUUUUAACAUCGUUCUCAUCAUCAUCAUCGUCAGCCUAAAACACAAAAGUCUUUUCAUUCAUGAAUGACAUUUUCCAAUGUGGCGCUACAUGUUGGAAGAAAAACUGUAAAUACUUUAAAUAAAAAUAUAUAUUCAAGUAUUUAUAUUGUAAAUGUUUGGCAAGUUUAAUUGGAUUGUUUCUACGCCUUGUCUGAACAUCACAUAUUUAAUUUGGGAUGUAUGAUUAUCGUUCUUAAGCUUAAAUACACCAAAGAGGGGCAAACUUUGGUGCACUUAAAUAACACGGAAUAUUUUGAGGCAUUUAAGUACCUACAGCUCAACUGGACAUAAUGGUUGUGCAGGAGGUCAAAUGAACUAAUUGUUUGAUAUAAAUCUGCGUUAGAGGCACAGGUCCGACAUUGACUAAAUCUUAGCAUGAUAAAUGACUCUCUUAACAGAUCAACUUCCACCUUAUAUUUACAACUCGGCAGCAUUUUUGAAUAAAGUCUCAGCACUUUAA